AUGCCAAUGACGCAUGGUACACAGAAAUCACAUGCCUCCCAUACAGGCCAAACAAGGCAGUAUGUAAAAUCUCAACCAACGGCACAAAAUAAGGAUAGAUUAAAAGGGGUACCACCAAACUCAAGGCAAGCUGCUAUUAGGAGGAUACUAGAAGAAACAACUGACAAAGCGAUUAAUAAGGAAUUUGUCCAUAACAUUGAUGGAAUAUACAAUGAACUUCUACAAAGUGCGGGGGUUAACCCUACUAGUGCAGCAGCACCAACCGAACUUGCGGACCCUUUGUUACAGGCUCUGGCGCCUUUGGGAAAGGAUAUAAACGGCAUAGUGGCACUCAUUUACAUCGCAGUAUAUACCACGCAUCAAAAUCUACGUGCAUAUACUGAAAAAAGGUUAUUCCAUUGUAUAUUCGAUUUAAAGGUUGACACCAGGCAACUCUCAAAAUCGGCAACUUCAAGGUUAUUAGUCAUGACGCUACUAAAUACAGACAAUCUAUGCAACAGCACUCAUCUGCAAGACUGCGAAGCGAGGAUUGCCGCCGCCGCCACUUUGGCGGCAGAACUAUUGACCAGGGAUGAAGAGACACCUGGGAGUGGGAAAAAGGAAAAAAAUGAUGUAGUCAAUAACAUACUCAACCUGAAACUCGAAACAAGGAAUAUGAAAAAACUCCUUAACAAGGCACAAUGGGAAGCAUUGUGUACAGACCUUAGAUUCUAUGCGCUACAACCACCAUUGAAACAAAUACCAAAGUUUGUUAAUGGACUUAGAAGAGCUUGUGAUUAUGUAGCUUUCAAUUCAGAUGUAGACCCAAUGGCAUGUUAUGUAAACCUAAUAACAAGCAACUUUCUCAAUACCAGAUUCCAGGUAGACCUGCUGCUGAACUUCAUAGAUAUUAUCGGGUCGCAAUAUCAAACUCAAAAUCCAAAGUCGAAACGCAAGGAACAAUUCGAAAAAAUAGUCGCAGAGGAACAUCGCGAUUCCGUAGCGCUAGUACUAUGGAUCAUUGAUACCGAUAUACUCUUCUUGAUCAUGGCACUGCUAUACCACAAGCAACAUAUAUCACAAUUCAAGACACUGAUACAAAGGGUAGUCAAACAUGGCAGCCAUACCUCAAACGGCUACCUUUUUGCUAAAGCGGUGAUAUUUGCACUCACGGAUAUAUGGAUAAAGGACCAUGAUCCAUUGACGAAUAAGGACAAAAGUGUCAAACUCAGAUUAGCAACCAUCAACCCGUUAUACUGGUUUACAUACGAACUGUGCCUGCAACAGUUCAUCACUAGUGAUGAGCUUGUAGCGGAGAUACGGAAUCUAGGUGGAGAAUCUAUACAAGGCAAAAAGUGUAGCCAUCUAUUCGAUUUCUUGAACAAAAUGGCAACAGAAUGCCCAGGAGAAUAUCUCAUACUAGCAAUAAUGGAAAUCAUGAGAUACGUAAAGUAUAACGUGCAAGUAAUCUCGUUCACGCUCAACUUCUUCCAGAGUACACUCUUGGACCUAUUCAAAAAUACAACGGUCAAUUUCAGCAAAGGGGUUUUCGAAAUUGUUUGCUACUGCAGACAGACGUUCGACUGGGGGUUCAUGUCAAUGCUAAUAUACAGCAUCGAUGCAAUACUCAUGACCGACGAGGGCAUGGCCAGUAAAGGCUCGAGUGAGCAUGAAUUGGCAAGAUGUAUGUUAGCGGGAGGGUUUAUGGAUUAUCUACGCUGGAAAUUACAGCAAAUUAGAGAUGUAUUACCACAAGGUGAUGUCACACGGAAGAUAUUCGUGCCAAAGUGCAGUAUUGUUGCAGAAAUAUUCUGUAUACUCAACCAUGUUAUAGGGACAUGUGACGAACUGUUGGACCUGUUCCAGACCUUCGACGAGCAAUACAAAACGCUGAACCACUACAGGGUACUACUGCUGCCACUGUACGAAGCGAUAAGGGUUAGGAGUGAAGGUGGCACACAUAUAUCCAAGGAACUGUUAGACAGGGUCCAAACAUGUAGUACGGCAAGUGCAUCAAUCUACGCCCGGGAUAAAAUGGGGAAAACAAAAACCAUUGACACCGAAGUUUACAACUACCUUAUAUUUAGUGAAGAUAUAGAAGGGACCACUAAACGAGUUGUUGAUCUAAUAUUCGGAUGUAGACUACACCAAAGCAUCAUCACCGCCGUCAGACUACUCAAUGCAGAUGGAAAAUCAACAAGGGCACAAGCUAUACUCGACUCGCUCCUGAGGAAAUAUGUCAACAGAUUAGCCAUGGUACUCAGAAUAUCCACACCGCCAGACUUUUGCCUACAUACAGUCACAACGGCAAACGAUGAUAAAAGGAAACUGGGACCAAGGCUUACAAUGUUGGCACAAUUUACAGGGAAAUUAUUGUCUUCACAUCUAAUGGCGGCACAUUGCGAUUCAUUGUAUAUGGUAUUUAGGGUACUAAUUGAAGCCGUGAGGCGUGGUAAGAUGGUAUUCCUGGAAUUCGCAAUAGAAGCGGUAAGGAAUAUGGGUAACCUGCUGUGCUACCCAGUGUUCACAAGGCUGUUCAUCGCAGAAGAAGUUAUAUGCAGGCUAUUCCCGAGGAUAGUGGAACACACCAAGGAGGUGCUCGAAGGCAUCGAUGCGAAUAUAUUUGAAAUUCGGAGCAGUAAAAUGGGAACUGUGGUGUUAGAAGAAACGCAGUGUUUGAAGAAAUUUGAUACCAAAGGACGUGGUGGCAAGGGGCUAACCAUUUUGAAACAAAGCCCAGCGGUGGCAUACGAAUUCGAACCGGACCGCAAUGCAGUUACACUACCAUCAAACAAUGCUAGUGCCCUAUUCUCAAUUGUUAACCUUGCUGCAAAUAUAGAAUAUAGAGCAUUACCAACGGAUAAUCUAUGGUUCCAGGACCAACUUACUAUGGAUCUUACAAAUCACUCCCUAGAUGAUCUUUUGGCGAUACUCAAAAUAGAAUUCGAUGUACCACCAAACGCACUAGAGAUCAUGUCCAUAGUAGAAAUGACAUUGAGUAACAAGAAUUUCGUCACACAUGUCGAACAACUAGUCUCAAAUGGAUAUGUAGAUUGGCUACUAUUCAUUCUCUACAGAUAUGUACUUAUCAGGGGGUAUACGCAUUUCCGAGAUUGCAUAGUAUUCAUGGCAACACUCGGAGGGGCAAGGAUGCUGGACGCAAUGGUCAAACUCACUGCAUACUGCCUAAACGUAUUCCUCAAAUAUAUCAGGUCCUGUAGAGACAAUACCAUAUAUCGCAAACUGCUAAGCGUCAGCAGUGGAUGGAUGGGAGCUAUCACAUUAGGACGGAAUAAACCGCUACUCACCAAACACCUGGAUCUCAAGUACCUGAUAUUGUACGCAUACCAAAACGGACUUCUGACAGUGGUUAUACCCGCAGUAUGCAAGUUAAUGAUCAAUGUCAAAAGUUCAAAGAUAUUCAGGCUACCCAAUCCAUGGACAAGCUCAGUUCUAAACCUGCUGGCAGAUAUCGCAAUGUCCAAUGGGCUAAAAUCAACGUUACAGUUUGAUCUGUCACUGCUAUUCAGGAACCUGGAUCUGGUACAAAGACCCAGGUAUAGUACUUCACAAAUCAAAGAUGUACCUGUAAUGGAUAGUGAUAGGAGCCCAAAACUAGGGGUUACCAUGUGGUCACCAAGGGCACCUAAUGCCAUGGGAUUAGGAAUGUCAAUGUUACAACUGGAAUUCCAGGUACAACCGGUUAGCCAGGAUGUACGGGAACUGUUGAAACGUAAAAUUGCAGUUAACCCAAAAGUCUCAUGCCUUAAUACAAAAUGGCCAUGGGUAGAAAUGGUACUUAAUGCCAUAGAAACAUGUUAUAUGGAAUCUUCCGAACUUAUCAAAAAGACAAUGCUAACUUGUGUUACCACUACAAGGAGCAUGAUUGUUACAGAUUUUGCGUCAUGCAAAAGGGAUAUCCUAGAUGUAAAUCCAGAAAUGCUCAAAAUGAGCGCAACUGCGAUGGCAAGUGGAUUAGCAGCAAGCUUAAUUAUGGCUACAGCUAGGGAACAAUUAAACAACCUCAUGAGUUUAAGGUUGCAUAUGCAAAUUUUGUCACUACUAUCAAUGGAACCCACACCAGCAGAUGCAGCACUCACAACUAACCUUGAACAAGUUAGCGGGUUCCUCGCAAAGGAUAACCUAGGGCUGGUAUGCGCGCUAGUGGAGCAGGCCACCUUGGAAUUAAUCACGGGGUACAUAUCAGCAUCAAUCGGAGAAUGGAUGUCAGGAAUUAGAAGUGAUAAUGUACACGUAGAACCUGACCUAACGAUGGCACUACAGGCUAAUAUAGGACUAGAUGCCUAUAACAGGUUUGGCACACUAGUGCCAUUUGCAAUGACAAGGUUACAAACGGAAAAACAACAAGGGAUGCCGCAACAGACACCCUGUGUCAAUGUAAUCCCAGGAGGCAUGCCAGGGUUCGUUAUGCCACAUGGAAAUACAACGGCAACCGAUAGUGCUCCACCAGGGUUUACACAAACUAAUAAACCAAGAGUACCGGGACCACAAUUUAGGUUACCAGAUUAUAUGAUUAUACCACCAAUCGAUAAUCUACCGACGUCGUUGAUAGCCUGCAAAGUAGAGGAAUUCGAACAACGGGUAAAAGAAACAGCCAAGAUUAUAUUGACACAUCCACCCACGAUACCGUUGCUAAAUAGCAAGUAUCUAUAUAGCGCAGAUUCGUCAACGCUACUGCUACUGUCGUGCCUACCAAAAAACCAUACACUCUUCACACUGCUGUGGUCAAUGGACUACAUAUUCCAAAAUGCAGCGAAUCAAGCGGAAUGUGUAGAGGCGCUCAUCAACAGGGUACUCAAGACAUCAAGGGAAAAUACCAAAGGACUAGAUGUCAUAUCGAUUGUACAAGAAGCGGAAUAUUGCCUGCUGGAAAUGGUCAGUAUCGGUUGCCCAUUGGUAAAUGAAAUUGUUACGAACCUAAUACCGUCAUUCGGACCCUCCAAAUUGUGCCAGUUCGUUAGGUAUGGAGUUCUAAAGAUACCAGCUGUGGAUAGGUUCAUAGGCAGCCAAUUAGAUCCAGAAACGUUAUGCAGAACUAUGCAUAAACUUAUACUGGACGGACAGUGGCUGACAGCAGCAGAUUUGCCAAUAAGCAUGAACAAAUUGGCAACGCUCGAUCCAUCGGGGAAGGUGCAGAUACACAUGGCUACAGGACCUGUAACGGUAGAAUUCGGGGAACUACAUAGGAGACUGGCUGCAAGGGUACCAUUGAUGAUCUAUACAAACGAUACGGAUAAUAGAACAAAUAAUAGAAUGAUGACGGGACCGCCUGCAGGGCUAACUAUUCAACAAGGUGUGCAUGGAAACAUGAGGAUGCAACCAGGACAUAGACACACAGGUACGCCAAUGCGCCUGAGAUCGUUACGCCAACUUGUGACCGAAAAGUCACUCGCACGUAACAAAAUGGUUGUAAAACUUUCUGAUAUACCAGGAAAAGAAAGGUAUAUCAAAAUAUUCCAAGAUUACCUUAUGAGCGUAGAUGCAGAUCUCACACCGUUGCUACAAAAUUUCAAUGAACACACACCGGAUGCGUUCCUCACAUCAACACUGAUGUUCGCACUACAGAUGACGUUUGAACCACUGACAACGGAAAUUAGGCUAGACCGCUUGCCGCAAAACUGUCAUGAAUCACCAGUUUGGACAUAUUGUGAUGGGUGGUCUCUAAUGGUCUCUAGGCUAUCGAGAAACGAAAACUUUAUAUUACACAAGGCGUUACACCUGUUGCUUGGAGUGAUGCAACAUGGAGUGGUAUAUAUGUGCUACGAAAGGAUAUUGGUGAAUCUAAUCAACGAAAUGGAAAGUAACCAAACCGCAUUAACAUCACUAGGUUACUUCCUCACGCUAUGCGGGCCUUCAGAAAUGCCGGAAUUUGGGGAAUACUGGAUUAACCUGAUAUCACGGAAACCGUUUGUACAACAGGUUAUACAAAACCCAAACGAAUGGCCUCUGUAUCACCAAUUGUUGAUAGAAGCACUGACAUCGCAACAUGCAAAGACACCAGCAGUCAGCUUCAUAUUGGUCACGCUGAUGCAAAAAGUACCAGAAUUUUUAUGCGGGUACUAUCUUAGCCUGUGUGAUGUAGUGCCGCCCAGAGCAAUGCAGCUGCGAAAUAUGCUGACCUGCGCUGUACCAAGGAGCUUCAAACUCCCCAAUCCCAUUAUGAUGUGCGAACAUAUAGACAUACCGUCGCUGAACUUCACGAACCACAUCAUAACGGUUUUAAAGGUACCAGGAUUAAAAGCAGCAACAGAUAUGUUUGUAUACGAACCUGAUGAUGCACUGGUACAUGUCGUGAUGAAGGAGCUCAAGGUACUGGAUCCGAGCACUUUCGACGUGGUACUCGCGAAUCAUUACGUGCUCUACCUCAUCACCACACUGCCAACGAUACUCAAGAAGAUACCAGCAAGCAGGCAUUUUGCAAAUAAUAGCCUGCUACUUCUUGAAAAGGUUAUGCUUAACUGCAUAUCACAGGCAAGACAUAUGCUACUCAGCUGUAUGACCAACCACCUGAGGUACCCAAACACAUCCACGUUCGCAUUUGUAACGUUCAUGCUCAGGCUAUUCAGUAACGGAGAGAGACCGAUACAGGAACAGAUAACGUUGGCACUGUUGGAGCGACUGUUGGUCAGCAGGCCACACCCCUGGGGAGUGUUGCACUUGCUGUUCCAGUUGGUCGAGAAUCCAAAAUAUGACUUCUGGAAUAGACUACAGGCCACACCGGAAGUUGAAAAACAUAUAAGAAGGAUCAUACAAGGCUGUGUAACAAGCAAAACACCGCCACACCCGAACACAAGCGCAAAUAAUGAACAUUUUUUUAUUCUUAUGCAUAGCGGUAAUUAUAAAAUUCACGAACCCGAAAUUACGGUGGGAAAUAAACAAGAACGCGGAUGGCUACUGAUAGACAUGCCCUUCGGGAAUUUUAACCAAAAUGCCGUUGUUAUGGGAUAUGAAUAUGAUAUAUAUAAUGAAAAAGCGACAGAAAAACUCAAAAAAAGAGUAGAACAAUUCAUACUUCUCACAUAUCGAAAAGGGUUACAAAUCAAAAUACCAAGUUUCUACGCUAAACACCUAGAAACAAAGUGUAUGUGGCUGAUAAACAGUAAACAUGAGCUUAUAACGACGGACUAUGGUUGGGGAUGCGCCCUCAGGGCAACCCAAAUGGCAAUGGCAGAGGCAUUACAAGCCACAGCGGGAGUAGAUGAUAUCAACAAUAUGGAAAAAAAACAAAUAGUCAAACUGUUUUAUGAUACCAUACAAGCACCAUUCUCUAUAGAAAAUCUAGUCAUGGCUGAUACUGAAAUAGGGGCAUGUAAGGAACUCUCGUACGACGAAGAAGAAUCUUUAAAAAAACUAUUCGCAACAAAAUGGUUCAGAGGAAUGGUUGGAGGUGAACAAAAUAGACCACGUGCAUACUAUUUCGUUGGACACCAAGCAAACAUGGCUUUAUACCUUGACCCGCACGAAUACAUAGCGAAAAAACUAGAUGAAUCUAAUGAUAUGCCAAAAAUAACAACCAAAAGACUCAAUAAACUCAAAUGGAAUCACCUAAAUCAAUCAAAGACCUUAUGUUUCACCUUCAAGGUAAGAUAUACACACAAUAAAGCCAUUAUUAUAAAGGAUAAUAAAGAUAUAACACAUUUCCUGCGGGCAACGACGCGUCCACACUUACGCACGCUGCCAUUCGAAAUAACGUAUGAAACAUAA